AUGAUCUCAUUUCUAACACCCGUCACACUAUUCUUCAAUGGCAUCACUUCUUUGAAUCAAAUACUUUACAAUAACUAUUGUCAAGUGUUUGAAGCGAAAGGUUUGGCCAACACUUCGUGUGCGUCCGAUAAGCCUAACGAUAGGAAUAUCUGUUGUUUACCGAAAUGUGAGUCCAAUUACACGGAAUAUGAGGUGUUUUACGCGAAAACGGUUCACACGCUUCGUAUCGACAGUUUUAAUACCGAUUGCUAUCAACACUUAAAUCCGUUCACUUAUAUGACCGGCUAUUACAUCCGUUUUAUACUUUAUGGCCUUUUCUAUAUGGUUAUUAUAUUAGCCAUUGAGAUCAAAGUGCAUCAAUUGUUUGUCCGCAUAUUUAAGCGUAUUUUUGGUCAAAAAGUGGUCAGAAAUAAUAUCCAUGAACUCCAAGACGUCGACGAAAACCGGACUCUAAGACAGGAAUAUGAAAAUGUGUCACAAAUUAUUAGAAAUGGAAAUUUUGAUAACGUUUCGCUGAUUGCCGACAAUUUGACCAAAAAGUUUAGCAAAUCUGUGAUAAUUCCCAAUAAAUUGUCAUUUAUGGUCAACAAAGAGGAAUGUUUCGGUCUUUUGGGGACCAAUGGCUCGGGAAAGACCACAACCUUUCGUUUACUAACCGGAGAUUUGGACAGAGACUCAGGAAACGCGUACUUGGGUUCCGAUGCGGACCUAUUGAACAACAAAAAGACAUUUUACUCACGAAUCGGUUAUUGUCCGCAAAACGACGCCCUUUUGGAUCGACUGACGGGAAUGCAAACACUCCUCUUCUUCGGCCGAUUGCGUGGUCUGGAGAGGAAUGCGUUGAAGACAUUCAUAGCACACAUAACCGAUAAGUUUGAAUUGAACCGUAUUAUCAAUAACCGAUUGUCCACUUAUAGCGGCGGUAAUCGUCGCAAGUUAUCGCUGGCCGUCGCACUCAUAGGCACUCCUCGACUCUUGUUAUUAGACGAGCCGACCAAUGGUGUGGACCCGGACUCGAGGCUCAAGAUUUGGGGUCUACUGAGAGAUCUGAUGUCGACCUCCAAAGUGUCGAUACUAUUAACGUCUCAUAAUAUGAGUGAAUGCGAGGCUUUGUGUUCGCGUUUAGCCAUCGUCUCGAAGGGUGUCAUCAAAACUGUCGGUUAUGUCUCACAACUGAAGACUUCUUUUGCCAAAGGAUACGAUAUUAUGUUAAAAGUGAGAAAAGAUGCCAACGAAGAGAUUAUCGAUCAAUUAAAGGCCAAAAUGAGCUCAACGUUUGGCAACAAA